AUGAAGUCGUUUAACUCCAAGUCUGGUAUUCGGUCGCACUUGGAACGGCAGUGUUGCAAGGAGGAAGAACCGAACUCUGACCCUCCACCUCCACGACAAGCAGUGACCAUCCCCGAAACCUCCCCAGCCGCUCUCAUGCUGCCCUCACCCUCGAUCGAGCCUACGCCCGUGCCACGCGGCCAUGACGAGGCUGUGCUUUUUGCCUGUCAGCGACAAAACGCUUCUGAACUGGACAAGAUUGCAACGUUGGGUGUCAUCCAUUUUCUAGGAUUGGCACCUUUUACUGUGGAAGAUAACUCGGGCAUGGAGCAAAAUGCGCCGGCUUACCCUGAUGGCAUCAAGAAGCUAUGUAUCGGUCCAUUACAGUCUCCUGUCACCGUACCCAACCCCAAUAAACGGAAGCUGAUGGCCGAUAACGAGUGUCAGAAAUGUUCGCCUGUCACUAUCCCUUGUCUGGAUUCCGUCUUUGCGUUCUCGCCAUACAGCAAUGUCAUGCGCACUCGCACCUUUGUUGAGCUCACAGAUUCGAUCUGCUAUUUGCUAAACGAAGAUUGGAACUUCCAGCCCCAGUACCGUUAUGGGUGUGCCCAGGUGCUGGCUGGCUGCCUCCUAAUAAACACCACGAACGGACAUGCAGUCCUUGCCAAUACUGUCGAGGUCUACGGACGAACGUCAAUGGUGGAUGCUCAUAGCGAACCUUUUGGUGUCAAAAAAGGUGUGGCUGUCCGGACAUCUCUUCCAAAACCAGGCGUUGCUUACUACAAGGAUGUCUGGCCGUCAACCAUGUUUGCUGCCAUUGAGGGCGAAAAAUUGGUCAUUGGAACGCAGUCCUUUGAUGCCUUAGUCACUUUCUCUGUCCGUCUCGACGUGCGCGGUCAAAGCUCCAUGGGUGCAGCUACAAGGAUCUUUCAGCUGACGAACGAGGCUGAAGCGACAGCCACAGGAAUUUUUCUGGACAAGGAAUCCCUGGACACGGGUGUGGCCCUCUGUCAAGACCGAAAGGCUUACCGCAUCACAAACAGUCAUCUUCGCUACCAGCUCCGACAACUAAAAACGAAGUUUUACGAUUCGUCGACGUUUGUCCUGUGUUGA